CGCCUUCCUUUCAGCUCAACCAAAGUCGAUCAAGUUCAAUUUUCAGUUCUCAAUCAACAAUUCCUUCACAUUAGUGAGCAAUUUAAUCACAAUCCAUGUCGAUCAUUCGCCGGGGCAACGUUUACGAUCCCUUCUCCUUCGACAUCUGGAACCCAUUCGAGACUAUCAAUUCCUUCUUCGACAACGCUCUCUCGGCUCCGGGAUCCAAUUAUGCGACCGAAGCAUCUGCUUUCGCUAAUACACGUAUCGACUGGAAGGAGACCCCGGAGGCUCACAUCUUCAAGGCUGAUCUACCCGGCCUCAAAAAGGAGGAGGUUAAGGUAGAGGUCGUGGAAGGCGGCGUGCUUCAGAUCAGCGGCGAGAGGAAGAAGGAGCAAGAAGAGAAGAACGAUCGCUGGCAUCGAAUCGAGCGCAGCAGCGGUAAGUUCCUCCGCCGAUUCCGGUUGCCGGAGAACGCGAAGGUGGAACACGUUAAGGCGUCAAUGGAGAAUGGCGUGCUUAGUGUCGUCGUGCCUAAGGAGGAGGUGAAGAAGCCUGAGGUGAAGUCUAUUGAGAUUUCUGGAUAGAGGAUGCUGGUUAGUCUCGAAUCGCCGCUGUUAUUUGCUUUAUUUGUUUUGGAUGAGGGUUUUGUUUAUCUUUUGUUAAGCUGUCGUGUCUGCUAUGGUUGUCCUAUCGAGUCCGGUGAUCUGUUGAAAAUGUUUUCUGAUGUUUGUAUUGUCGUGGAUGCAUUAAAUAAAGAAAGCGGUGUUCGUUGAAGUUCAAAUUA